GCCGGUGAAGCAGUCAGAGAGAGAGUGUGAGAUCCAGAGUCUGUGCUUGUGUUUCUGUGUGUGUGUUUGUGAGUGUGUGUGUCUGAUACAGAGAGAGAAAGAGAGAGAGAGGCAGCCGGUGCCGUGUUUUAAAGUGAACGAUACAUCCUGCCUCUCUUUGGAUUAUACCACUAACAGGGACUCACCCUUUGGACUAUCCCGGCGCUUCCUCCUCCUCCUCCUCUUGCCUUUGAAGGGAACACCUGUGUUGUGUGUGCAAUUUUCUCUGCGUGUGUGAGAGCACAGACAGCGGACUUAGCCCUGGUGAACGGGGAGAGUGGAUGACUUCAGUGGAUGAGGGCUUGGCUGGUGGAACGAGGGGGACUGCUGACCAUGGACUCCCCUCCUCACUAGUAAACGGGGGUGCUGAGGAGGAGCGGCUCUGUCCGGUCAUCAUGUGCACGCGGGCCUUUCCUGACCCCGUCCCUGAGUGCCAGCUGUUCCCGGGAGAGGUGGAAGAGCCUGAGGAGGAGGUGGCAGACGAAGGCAGGGAGAGGGAGUCAGACAGAGACAGUGCUGUGGAAAGCACCCAAGGGUCAGACACAUCAGACGGUCCCAUCAGACCAGGAGACAAGGAAGACGCACUGGGGGAUCUAUUUUUCCCUGGGGAGAAAUUGCUGUUUUUUUUACUCAGGAUUGGUCAGACCAGCAUCUCUGUGACUUCUGAUUUAUCGACACGUUCUUCAGCUUCUCUGAACGAGGAGCAGUUUGAAGACUACGGAGAGGGAGAGGAACCAGAUUACACUCCCAGCAGUCCCUGCCCUGACGACGAAACCCGUACAAACGGGUACUCUGACCUUGGCUCAUCUGUUCCCUCAAGUGCUGGUCAGACUCCUCGUAAGGUGCGUCAGCAUUACACCGGUGAACUGAUGGAUGUCUACUGUUCUCAGUGCAGCAAGAAGGUCAACCUGCUCAAUGACCUGGAAGCUCGGCUCAAGAACCUCAAGGCUAACAGCCCGAACAGGAAAAUCUCCAGCACUGCAUUUGGAAGGCAGCUUCUCCACAACAGCAACCUGAGCAGCAGUAACGGCAGCACAGAAGAUCUAUUUAGAGACAGCAUCGACUCCUGCGACAUCGACAUCAAUGAGAAGGUGAGCUCUUUGGAGAAGAAGGUGGCAGAACUUGAGAAUGAAAUUUUGAUGAACGGUGAUCUCAAGUCAAAGCUGAAGCAGGAGAACACACAACUAGUACACAGGGUUAAUGAGUUGGAGGAGCAGCUUAAGGAUCAGGAGACACGAGCAGAACAAAAUCUGCAGGCAGAGCUGAGGCGACACCGAGAGGCCUACAGCAAGAUGGAGAGGGACAAAAACACACAGAUAGAGCUGCUGACUGGCCGAGUAAAGAUGCUGGAGGAGGAGAACAACGACUUUGCAAUGAACAUGUGUCGACUCAAAUCACAGACAGAGAAACUGGAUGAGGAGAAGCAAAGGAUGACAGACAAGCUAGAGGACACCAGUCUGCGCCUGAAGGAUGAGAUGGACCUCUACAGGAAAAUGAUGGACAAGCUGAGACAGAACAGACACCAGUUCCAGAAAGAAAAGGAGGACAUGCAGGAGCUGAUAGAGGACUUGCGGCGAGAGCUGGAGCAUUUGCAGCUCUUCAAGCUGGAGGUAGAGCGGCCUGGACGCGGCCGCAGCUCUUCUUCCAGUCUGGCAGACUUCAACAGCAGGAGCAGGGAGGUGGAGUUGGAGCACGAGGUCAAGAGGCUCAAGCAGCCGUUUAUGUCCCAGGACUUUCUCCCCCCUGAAUUCCAGCACCUGGUGUUGUCUGGGGCUCGGCUCCGUCCUGGUCUGAUGGAGAACCAGAAGCUGAAGGAGCAGAAUGACGAGCUCAACGGUCAGAUCCUCAGCCUCAGCCUGUAUGAAGCUAAGACCCUGUUUGCCACACAGACCAAGGCCCAGUCUCUAGCUGCAGAGAUAGACAACGCUUCCAGAGAUCAGUUAAUGGAGGCCCUGAAAGAACAGGAAGAAAUAAACUUACGACUGCGACAGUACAUGGACAAAAUCAUCCUGUCUAUCCUGGACCACAACCCGUCCAUCCUGGAGAUCAAGAACUAGCAGUGAUUCAACUGGAAUGUGAAUCCCUCCAUGUGUCAGGAGAGAGGACCAUUCCAGUUGUGUGAACACAGCCCGAAUCAGGGUGCUUUACGGGGACGGCACAGAGUCUUAGAAACUGGAAAACAUGGACACCCAUCGCCCCCUGCUGUUUGUGGCGGGAAAAGAAAAACUUCUUUAAAAACUGGAAUUCUGCUGAACAAAAGGGAGCUUUUCUCGACUAGUGACUGUUUCUUUACUGCUGUGAAGUGUAGCUACUGUCCCACCUGGAACUAAUAUGACAGAUCUGGUGAUAUUAUUUCCCAGAAGCAUCCUGGGAACAUGCUUUGAGGAUCAGCAAAGAACUUGAUCUAGUACACUGGACUUAAAAACGGAAAGAGUGUGACAAACUAAUGUGGGUUCUACUGUAUCCUGAUGUAGUAUUAGCUGUGUUAUCUUCAGAAAAACAGCUCUGUUUGAGGGACAAACAUUUUACAUCAGAGAUCUGGCGAGCAGACUUCUAACCUGACUCUGACUCUCAGAGACAUGAAGGUAGAUAUGUCUUUUGUUGCCCGAUCCGUGGAUUUCCCAUAUUUUCACUGCUUUCAGGUGUUCUCUACAGAAUGUGUGAUGCAUUUAGACACAUUUUUAAGACGAGAAAAGAAAGUGCAAGGAGAAAGAAAACAGUGAGAACCUUUAUGAAACAAGAGAAGCAUAAGAGUCAAAAGUAGGGAAUAAAGUUUUCUCUAAAAGAAAGAGAUGAGUGUGAAAACGGACCAUGUACGCUUGCAAAGGAGGGUUUUAGUAAAGUCUGUGAUGGUCAAUUGAAGGUGAAGAGUUUGUAUAUUCUUGAGAACAUGUCUUCCAGUAAUCUUGCAACAGCACUUGCUGUCUCAAUCAGUCCAAUGUUAAUUUUUUUAUUUUGAUUAAACUGAGAAGUGGCCCUUAUUCGGUUCAGACGAGAAGUCGAGUGUCACUUUAUGGUACAGAAGCUGCAACCAAGGAGUGUCUUUAAACUGUAACUUCGAUAGUGGCUAUUUGCUAGCAAUGCCUUUGCUUUAAAAGCUACAUUGUUGCUAGCAAAAGGCCCAAUGAUGUUGCACAGAAAUGUAAGGAUAUGAAUGUACAGGAUGUGUGGUGGAUUUUAACAUGGUUUACUCAAUAAUCAUCCCUCUGUGCUCAGUGACGUCAUCUCAGAUAUUGUGUGUGAGCAUGCACAGGAGACUCACUUUUUGUUACAACAAAUGGGAUUAGCAAUCUCAUCAAAGUCUACAAAUUGUGUGGAAGUCCUGAUGGCUCUUUGAAACUCCCUGAUACUGUAAAUAUCAUGAAUGUACAUCUGGAUAUUUUACUUUCUGUGUGGCCAAAAAGCUUUUUGACUUGCAGAAAUGGGUUGAGAGACAUUGUAAUAGACAUGUACAGUAUUCAGUACUGUAAUGAAGAGGGGGACUAUUACAAUCUGCUGUUUUAUGUUGUUAUUCUAAACUUGAGUUUUGCUUCCUUGCACAAAAGAAAAAAGUUUUUGUUUCAUUUGCAUGGUUCACCUUUUCUUCUGUCUGUGCCUUUUGAGGACAUUUUUCCAGACGAUGUUGCUAAUGAUUGACAUAGUUUUUUGAAGCUACAUUUUAUGUCCAUGUCUGACAUAUUUUCUUGACUUGUAAAUGUUGUAAUUAUAUAGUGAGAAUUUGUAUUCAUGUGCCACUCAUCAGUCUUUUUCAGAUUGAUACUAUGAAAACUAUUUUAUACAGUUUUAUCAAGAAAGAACGUGUGAUUGCUUAGUUGUCCUUUAAGAAAAGACGCAUAGCACAACGCUUUGUAUGGUACACAGGGCAGGUUAGCAUUUUGGAAAUAUUUUUAAUUUUUUUAAAGCAUUGGGAAUGUUUUAUUGAAUUUCUCAGUUUUUUUGUUUGUCUCAGCAAGUCCACUGCUUUUCAGUUUGCUUCAAACUGGCUUUUUCUAUUGUUGUAAACUGUCUUCCUAACAUAAAUGGUAAGCAUUAUGAGCAAUAUUAACUUAUUUAACAAUUCCUGCUGAUUUGUGUCUUGUUUUUCCUCACAAAUCUUUUCACUCUAGCUGGAUGGAAGGAAAUAAACAGUACAUUAAGCUGUAAAAUUGUCACAAACUUGUUUCUUGUAGCUCUUAAAAUUGAUUUAUUAGGGCUUUUCAAUGUGAUGUAGUCACCAUAAAUAGCAAUAAAAGUGGCUUUGGCAGUGA